CAUGGUGGUCGAGUGCGAGGGGGAGGAGGGGGGGUUCGUGCCACUCCGCUGGUUGCCUUGGGGGGGGACGCAAUGUAUUUUAGGUAGUGCUCAGAGGCCCGAACCGAGAGGCUCAGAUCCGAUGCAUACCUCCUUAUACCUAUACACGUAUCUGUAUAUGCUGUAGUUCCACCGAUAUACCUCUAUAGGUGGCCUGUAACUGCGAGAGAUGGUAACUCAGGAAGAAACCGGCGCAUGUGGUUGUCUAGCUACGUAGUCGGUGUGUGCAUUGCAGUCUCGGUUGCCGCCUUGUCGGCGGCCUGGCGUGGGCCAGGUCCCAUCUCGGACUCUGGACGAGACCGAGGCGGCGCACACGAUGUCCGAAACUACCUAGAGCAACUGGGGGCGUUGGGACCCAGAUUACCCUCACAUCCAAGUAACGGGCAAUUUGACCCCUGUCCUUAUUGGUUGACAAUGCGGUGCUGCAUUCCCGUCUCCAGUGAGCACUAAGAGAGCAUCUCUACGACCCAAUAUGAGAUACGAGGGCCGGUCAUCUGUGUUUCGAUCCCAGUUUCUUGUCUCCUCUUCUCGUCUCCUUUAUUGCCCCCUCGGCCUACUUUGUUGUCCGAUAAGCGCCUUUUUUUUUUCCUGCUCGAUCCAACUCGCCGGCGCGGUCGUGGAUAUUC